GAUGAGAUUAUUUUAUUCUUUUUCUUUGAACUCUAACCUUUAAAAAUAUACGUGGAAUAUAACUUGUGUUGCUAGAAUAUUUUUGUCGAGGGUACUACAAAGGGAUAAGCCCAAAUAAAAGCCCAAUGCAACCCCUUAGGGAAGAGAGUACGGAUUGUCAGUGGUUCCCCCACAAAGAGCCUGGCACCUAUUUGAAAGACUAACACGCUGGUUGGGGCGCCUAGUCUGACAGAAGUAUGGAACAUUAAAUGAAACGCUGAAGUGGGGCUGAAAUGAAGGAGCUAGCCCGGUCCAGGGUAGGGUGAGUAUAAAUAGUGUCGGUACGUAGCAUUUAUGUAGGUUGGACUCUCUCACUAAACUGGGAUUUGAUACUUUUCUCUCUAGAAUACGAACUAACUUGAUCGCCAGAGUACGAAAAGAUAAGCAGGGUUCGGGAGUACGGAAGAUCAGUCUCUUAAGGUAUUUAGGUACAAACAAUUGCGCGCUAGGAAGGGGAAGCGGCCGAUAACUAUGAAAAUGGAAGUCCCGGAAGUGGAGAGGGGGAACAGGUUAUGGGGUAUCCGUCCCAAGGGUCCAGGGAGCGGACACCCGACGCGAUUGAGGGGGAAGGGAGUGAGUCAAGGCACCCUUGUUUAGAAUGCGCCUUGAUCACCAAGAGAGAUCUGUUCAAGAUCAUCGAGGACCAAGAUGAAGCGAUUGAAAUUCUCAAACGAGAAGUGGAGGCACUGAAGAAGGGAGAGGGAUUGGCCCCAAGCCCGACGACGAGGAAAAGGGAAAGGAUUGCAGAGAUGGAAGGGGAGUCCGGUCAGCCCAGGCGCGCCACGUCCGUGUGGCUUCCAAAUGAUCACAACUGCUUAGAACUUGAAGGGCGAAACGGGUGGAUGCCCGGGCGUCUUCCCCGACACUUCACUGUUAGGCAACCCUUGGCGAGGAAUGUGCUGAUGGAGCCGAUAAGAACUAACAUACUACCACUCCCAACUUAUGAUGGGACGACGGAUCCGGACAACCACCUUAAUAGCUACUUCACAAAGAUGCAAUUGUACAACAGCUGACACGCUAAAACACAACACCAAACUACGACCAAGUAUAAUAGCAGUGAGUGUAGGUGCAUUCAAUGUAAACAUAAAGAAAGUAGUAAAUUGUUCAAAGUUCUUAAGCAAAAGAAGAGUCACUAGGGAUUGAGUCCUCAUAGCUCCUUAGUUAGGUUCAAUUUUUAAUUUCCUUUGGUUGAUUUACGGUUGAUUAAACUGCGGAAGAUCAAACAGUAGCCUUGAAUCUCUUAAGCUAACCAAGCCCUCUUAGAUAGACAACCGACAAAUGACUAGUCCUCACUAGGAUAAAAUGCUAACGAAAUUAACACAGAAAUCCACUACUGGAAAUGGAGUACAGUACAAAGCACUGAAUUGACUGACUCUCGUACAAUUAAUUCACUCCUAUCGAUUGAAGAAGCUCUAACAAACUAAUCAGAUUCUAUCUAUCUCAGGUUGAAGUAGAAAUCAAAAGAAGUUGAUCAGGAUUCAAUUGACUCAAUAAACUUACUCCAAUCGAUUAAAAUCAAUCAAUAUAACAAUCCAAAAGUCAUUACAAACAAGAUCCCUAGCACAUGGAACUAGGGUUCUUCAUACCCAAGUAAGAGAAAGGUCUACUCCAUAGAGAGAAUGAGGAAAAUAGAAAUCAAAGUAGCCAUACUCAUAAAGAUGAGAAUAAUCUGCUCUGGGAUGUCAAUCUUCACUCCUGGGGAUGCAAUAUGGGCUUCAAUGGUGAGAAAUCCACUCCAAAAUAGCUCAUAGGGUUUGUUCUUUGCACUUUCUCUCUCUAGAACUCUAUUUUUGCUCCAAAAAGAUGAAUCCCCUGCCUUUGGCUCGAAUCUGCCUCUUUCAACCCGAUUCUGGGCAAAAUAGGGGCAGAAGCACAGUCAUGCUUACUCCCUUGACCGUGCUUUGCCCAAAACGCGUGUUUCACUUAGUGAAAAACGGGAGAAACACGGUCAAGUCUGGGUGAAAUAUUAGUGGUGUUUAACUAAGCACGGUCGUGCUUUUCUCCUGGUCUGCCCGUAUUUCAUUUUUCUCCAGCCUUCUCUUGGUUUGCGCUCGCUAGUAAAAACACGGCCAGGCUGAUAAAAAGCACGGUCGUGCUUUGGUAGGGGACAACCAUGCUUUUGCUCCACAAUCAUCAAAUGAUCUACAAAUGACCCGAAACUUGCGCCUAAGCCUUCAUACACACGCUAGGACCUGAAAUAUGACAAAAUAGGACAACCUAGCGUAAAAUAAGCCAAGGAACAACAAAAUCGAGCCAAAAUGGUUAAGAUAUAAGGGUGCAAACAUGUGCAAACAUGACGUUAUCAAAUUCCCCCACACUUAAGCGUUUGCUUGUAUCCAAGCAAACCAAGUCAGAUACAAGGUAAGCUCAAAUAAUUUUAAUCAUGCAAACUUUGGAGACAUAUCAUAUAGGCACAGAACACGCGAAUCUGGCUUUUAGAAAUCAACACAUGAACAAUCUCAACGACAACCUAGACAACCACCAAAGAUGUCAUUCGAGUGCAGCAAAAUCGGGUAAAGAAAGAGUCUCCUUAUGUUCACCAACCAACCUAGACUUGACCCAACCAAUUAUUCAAGACAGUCACCUCAUGCAUAAAACUCAAGACAUCAGAAUCAAGACCGAGCAAUCUAAGUCCUCGCCUGGGUAAAGAAUGUAAAGAAUAUAAGGAAAUGAAUCUCUCACUCUCGACCAGUGGGGUCAGGACAAUUUGAUGAAAAAAUCUGCAUGCUUAUUCUCUCAAUCCCUAACUCCUCUUCACCAUGAAGGCAGCCUCUAAAUGCUAGAGUUCACAUAUCGGAUGUCACCAGACUCACCACGAACUAGUCAGGAGGUCUUAGACAUGGGUUCAGAUGACUGGCUAAGGUCUUAGACAUGGGAAAAUGCCUUUUAGGUGGUGGAAGAAUUCAUAAUACAAGGUUCCACAGUUC